AUGUCCCCGUUGACUUUGGGUGAGAUCAUCCAUCUCUCCUUCAUAAUAAUGAGCCAAGUCCAGUCUGGUAUUGUAAGUGUGUGCAAUAGUAAGUCCGUAAUGGUGGUUCUUUGUUCACUUUGGGGUAAAGAACUGCCCGGGAAGCAAAGUGCGAGAAAACAACCCGCAGGUGCUUGA